AAACUUGUUAACAGUUUUAUCUAAAGUCCCGUCGAGGUUCAUUUUUGGUUGAUGCAUCAACCUGAUCACCGACCGUAUAACAAACACCUUUCAGGUAACCAUGACCAAAAGGUAAAGAAGAAUGUGCUUUCAAAAUAAAUUCAACUGUGAUUAAUCUGCAAAUAUGCAGGAUUAAUGCAAUAUUUUUUGUGAUUAAUUGCAUGAGUUAACUUAUUUUUCAAUAUAUGUAUAUAUUUUUAUAUACAUAUUUAUUCAUUGAACAAUUUAUUUCCCGUUAAUUCAUUACAGUACAAAACAUUAAAGGGGCUGUUUGCAAACUCCUCAAAGGAAAAACUCUAUAUCAAUAUAUCGGUGUUUUUCAGCCACUGUGCCACGGCAAACUAGUGUACCUUGAGAUAUUGUCUGGUGUGCCACGGUAGAUGUCAUUUCACCUAAUUGGAUUAAAAAUAUUUUUUGCACACCAGUAACUAUAAUCCGCAAAUAAUGUGCCGUUGAGUGUCUGUGCUGUCUAGAGCGCGGCAGAGUAACCGUGUAAUACUCUUCCAUAUCAGUAGGUGGCAGCAGGUAGCUAAUUGCUUUGUGGAUGUCGGGAACAUGGUUUGUCGUGAUCACAAUAUGCAGACGACAGCGGGAGGCAGUGUGCAGGUAAAAAGGUAUCUAAUGUUUAAACCAAAAAUAAACAAAAGGCGGGUUUCGCUAAGAAAAGGCAUUGAAACUCAGGGAUGGCUAUGCAAAACUAAACUAAAACUGAACUGGCUGCAAAGUAAACAAAAACAAUGCUGGACGACAGCAAAGACUUACAGCAUGUGGAGCAGCAGACGGCAUCCACAAAGUACAUCCGUACAUGACAUGACAACAACAAAAUAGGAAACACUACACACAGGAAAACACCAAAAAACUCUAAAUAAGUCACGGCGUGAUGUGAAAGGUCGUGACAGUACACCUACUUUGAGACAAGCUAUAGUGAUGCAUGCUUGGUUAUGGUUACAAUUGCGAGAACUACUUUUUACUGUCAAUAUCGGCUGCUGAGUUUCAUUUUUUUUUUUGUUUUCCGCUAGUGGUGUGCCUCGGGAUUUUUUCCAAUGAAAAACAUGUGCCUUGGCUCGAAAAAGGUUGAAAAACACUGCAAUAGGCUAGCUUAUGUUACCAUUGGUGGUUUAACAGAACACAUUUAUGUUAAAACAGUAUAUAUUUUUUGACAAUUACUAAGUUUGUUUAUUACAAAUUUUUACCGGUCCGAAUAAAAUGAUUGGUGUUUACGUCGGUUACUCACCCGGUCUCAUCAACUCAUACGCUCGGGAAGCGUGUGCACACAUACAAAAGCAGUCCAACAAUUUGCAAUAAUGUUGUUAUAAUAGAAUAUACAUUUAAUGACAGCUAAUACAAACUACUCAAAUUGCUAUUAUUAGCUAACAAUAAACAACACCCAAAGCUAUGUGUUAUGUAUGUACUUAGUUACAUCAUAAAAGAGGGCAGGAUAUAUUGUUCGAAAGUUAGCAUUGAUUGAUUGAUUGAUUGAAACUUUUAUUACUAGAUUGCACAGUACAGUAAAUAUUCUGUACAAUUGACCACUAAAUGGUAACACCCGAGUAAGUUUUUCAACUUACGUCGGGGUCCACGUUAAUCAAUUCAUGUUAAUCAAUUCAUUUUAGCACCCUCUAAAUAUCUGUGUAAAUGUUGCAAAUAGCCCCUUUAAUCAAAUUAAAUUAAAGUUUGAAUAAAAGAGACAAAAAAAUUGUUUCACAUAGAAUGUUAAAAUAAAAAUGUAAUCGGGGAUUUUGGGGUGGUCUCAAAAUCGAAUUCUGCUUUGGGCCCCAAUGUAGCCAGGAGCGGCCCUGGCCUGCUAAAAUGCAACACUUUUUUUUUAACGAAAUGUGGGCGUUUCUUUUCGCGUAAAGGGAGCUCCGUUUUUGUCAGACGGUCCCUCAGCUGCGGGCACCUGCGACACGAAGCUCAGCAUCUCAGUCGGCGUGGAAGUCCUCAAACACACGCUUACACGCACUUCUCUCUGACAGGCGCGGACACCUGGCGUGUUCCCGGUCCUUCUGAGCUGGAUCGACCACCCCCCGGACCUGGAUCAUGUCCACGAUGGCGGUCCAGCCUCCAUCGUCUCCGUGACACGUCCAAGACGGGGAGAGAUGCCCUGCGUGCGGACUGACAGCGUGUGACGGUAAAUGAGAGACCACCAUCGCCAUGCCGCCGGGGAAGUAUGGGAUGCAGGAGGAGUGGGAGCGGGAGGGCAACCAAAGCAUCAAGAUGGACUUCCUGCUACCGACUGGCAUCUACCUCACGUUCCCAGUGUCUCAGCAGGACACCAUCAGCAAUAUCAAGAAGAUGGUUUGGAAAAACGCCAGAGGGGAGGCGCUUUUCACGGCGCUGGGCCAUCAAGACGCAUACGUCUUCACCUGCAUCAACCAGACGGGCGAGAGGGAGGAGCUUGAGGAAGAAUCCAGGCGUAUAAGCGACGUGCAGCCCUUCAUGGGGGUUUUAAGACUGGUGGCCAGGGAGGGCGACCGCGUGGAGAAACUCACCAAUGCUCAAAUCAGCCUGUUGAUCGGCAAAGGUCUCCACGAGUUCGAGGCCCAGAAGAACCACGAGGUGAACGAAUUCAGGACUAGAAUGCGAGCCUUUUGCGAAGAGAGGGCUCAAAUGCGUCAGAUGUCGCCAUGGCAACAGUGGCUGCAGUACACUUUCCCGUGCGACCUGGAGCCAUGUUGCUCUCUGCCUAUGUGCGGCAAGUCGCACAACGCCAAGAUCAUCCUCAACGUCAAGUUCGAGGCUUCUGACGAGAGCUUCAUGGUGCAGCAGGAGCCUCAGGACCUGCCCCUGGCUCUGAUGAGGAGCGCCCUGAAGAAGAAGGCCACCGUCUUCCGCUCGGUGCGACAGGAACCUGAGGACUACACCUUGCAGGUCAACGGGAGGUGGGACUUCAUCUACGGGAAGCAACCUCUCUGCCAGUUUAAGUACAUCUUCGUCUGUCUGCGAAAUGGCCAAACCCCCCAUCUGACCAUGGUGCACCACUCCACCAUCAGCAAAUACCAAGAGGAGCACGGGCGGAUGUGCAGUCAGGUGUGCAAGAGUCGCUCCAUGUCCAGGCCUCCUCCUCUGCCUCUGAAGAAGCAGAACACCUCCUCUCUGUGGUCCAUCAAUGAGCCCUUCUACAUCCACCUGCUGCAGGGCAGCCGGGUCAAUGCAGACGAAGGCAUGAAGCUGGUAGUGCAGGCCGGCCUCUUCCACGGCAGCGAGCUGCUCUGCAAGGUGGUCACCAGCUCGGAGGUGGCGGUGUCCUCCGAGCCCGUCUGGCACCAAAAGCUGGAGUUCGACAUAAACGUGGCGGACCUGCCGCGCAUGAGCCGCCUGUGCUUCGCCCUUUACGCUGUCUUCGACAAGGCCAAGAAGCCCCGUGGCACCAAGAAGAAGAAUAAGAAAGCGGAUUGUCCCAUAGCCUGGGUGAACACCAUGGUGUUUGACUACAAAGACCAGUUGAAGACCGGCGAGGUCCUUUUGUCCGCAUGGCCGUCUGUUCCUGAUGACAAAAGUGAACUGUUGAACUCGAUGGGAACAGUAGAAAAGAAUCCUAAUGUGGACAGUGCAGCAGGGCUUCUCAUCCGCUUUCCUAACAUCAGACCACAUCCUCUCUACUAUCCUCCUCUUGACAAGAUAAGUGAAAUGGAGACGAAUGGCGACGCAGCUGUUGUAACCAAAGAAGAGCACACAAAGUUAAAAGAAAUUAUGGACAACAAAAACUACACCGAGUUCUUUGAGGACGAGAAGGAGCUGCUGUGGAAACUGCGCACGGAAGUUCGUGAUCGUUAUCCGGAAAGUCUUUCCAAGCUACUGCUCAUCACCAAGUGGAAUAAGAGAGAUGAUGUUGUUCAGAUGGUGAAUCUCCUGAGGAACUGGCCAGAGCUCCCUGCUAUCCACGCCUUGGAGCUGUUAGAUUACAGUUUUCCUGACCCCGCGGUGCGUUCUUUCACCGUCAGAUGCCUCCGCAAGCUAAGCGGCGAUGAGCUGCUCCAGUAUUUAAUCCAGCUGGUCCAGGUCCUGAAGUACGAGUCCUACCUGGACUGUGACCUGACAACCUUUCUGCUAGAGCGAGCCUUAUUCAACCGGAGGAUAGGACACUUUCUCUUCUGGCAUCUUAGGUCAGAGAUCCACGUGGCAUCUGUCAGUUUAAGGUUUGGCCUCAUUCUUGAAGCGUACUGCAGGGGGAACAUCCACCACAUCAAGCUCUUAACCAAACAGAACGAAGCUCAAGGCAAAAUGAAGGUCCUCAGUGAAAUCAUCAAAUCUGGGCCACAGAAAAUGAACGCAGAGGACCUGAAGCUGUGCAUCAGACAGGACUCGUACACCGAGGCUUUGUCCAACCUGCUGUCGCCGCUCAACCCCAGUAUCAUCCUCGCCGACAUCUGUUCAGAAAAGUGCAGAUUCAUGGAUUCGAAGAUGAAGCCGCUCUGGCUGAUGUAUAAAAGUCCGUGGGUUCAAGGAGACAUGGUGGGCAUCAUCUUCAAGAAUGGAGAUGAUCUUCGACAAGACAUGCUGACCCUGCAGAUGAUCCAGCUUAUGGAGAACUUAUGGAAGAAGGAAGGUUUAGAUCUAAGAAUGAUCCCAUAUGGCUGCUUGUCCACGGGGGACAAGAUGGGCUUCAUUGAGGUGGUGAAGAACUCGGACACCAUCGCCAACAUCCAGCGAAACAACAGCAACAGUGCCGCCACUGCUGCCUUUAACAAAGAUGCCUUGCUCAACUGGCUCAAAUCCAAGAAUCCAGAAGACAAGCUUGAGGAAGCCAUCGAGGAGUUCACGCUGUCCUGUGCUGGCUACUGUGUAGCUACUUACGUCUUGGGCAUUGGGGACCGUCACAAUGACAACAUAAUGAUCAGGGAAACUGGACAGCUCUUUCACAUCGACUUCGGACAUUUUCUGGGCAACUUCAAGCGCAAACUGGGCAUCAACAGGGAACGCGUGCCUUUCAUUUUGACGUAUGACUUUGUCCAUGUGAUCCAACAAGGUCGAACGAACAACAGUGAGAAGUUUGAGAGGUUCAGGGAAUACUGCGAGCGAGCCUAUAAGAUCCUGUGUCGGAAUGGGACGCUGUUUGUCAACCUCUUUGCCAUGAUGAAGGCAGCCGGACUGCCUGAGCUCACUUCCUUCAAGGAUAUUCAGUACUUAAAGGACUCUUUAGCUUUGGGCAAAUCAGAUGAAGAGGCACUGAAGAAUUUCAAAGUCAAGUUCAAUGAAGCACUGCGGGAAAGCUGGAAGACCAAGGUCAACUGGAUGAUGCACUCUCUGGCCAAAGAUAACAGACCGUGAAGGACAGCUCAAGUUUCAAUCUAAUGGAGGGAAAACGAAACCCGGUGGCAUUCACCAAUUGUUUACAUGUGAUUGCUCCUGUUUGAAGGAUGUUACGUCUCAAUUGAAGGCAACCAAAGACAGUGGAAUCAUCAUGGAGCCAAUUUGUAACACACCAGUGGUACUUCUACUUGAAAACUAUGGAUUUAUCACAAAUAAACAUCAUGAACUACAAUAAUAUUGAUGAAAUGUACAUGCUGUCAGUCACGGACUACAAUAAUGAGUCAGAUUUAUAUUUUACCGUUUUUUAUUUAUUGAUAAAUACUUGUGCAAACAUUUUUGUUGGUUUUACAGCUGUAUUAGUUCAUAUAUAACAAUAUACUGCUUUUACAGUGCCUGUCUGGUAAGAUAUGGAAAAUGCUAUUUAAUUGGUUGAAAACUAGAAACAUAUUUUAGAAGUAUUUUAUUCUCAGGUGCUGAAAAAAGAUGAAACAUGAUACUCGUGCCGGUGUGCAGUCCAAACAAACAAGCUGUGUGCAGAACAUGAUUGUGCAUUUCUUGCUUUAUUAUAAUGUAGUGUUACUUGCCUUGUAUUUUUAUGACCAAUGUGCCAUUAUUACAGAGAUUACAUUUCUGUAUCUAAUUGUGCAAAAUUCUGUUAUUUAAUUUGAUCAUAUGUGCGUAAAUUGCUUUACAAGCUUUUUAUCUUACCGUCCAUUAUUAUUUGUAUGUGUCUUUUUAUUCUAAGGGCUACACGGGCUUAUUGGUUAGUAUGUCGGCCUGACAGUCAAGAUGUUGAGGGUUCCAAUGUCCGUUGGGGCAUGUCUUGGAGUUUCUCCCCGUGUGUGUGUGGGUUAUUCCCUGGUACUUCUUCGCACAUCCUAAAAACAUGCAUGUUAGGUUAAUUGGAGUAAACAUGAGUGUGAAUGAUUUUUUUUGAUUACAGGUGAAACUCCAAAAACUAGAAUAUCGUGCAAAAUUUCAUUCGUUUCAGCAAUUCAACUUCAAAUGUGAAAAUAAUAUGUGAUAUAAAGUAAUAUCAUGCAAAGUGAAA